CAUCAAUGAUGGUCGGCAAUUUCCCCAAAAGAUCACAAACUGAAGAGUGCAGGGGCGGUAAUUUGCCAGCCCGUAUUCCGUCCAAACUCCAAACAGCAAAAAUCGAACGAAAAAUGAUCAGGCUUGUUUCGCUGUGCCAGCUUCCCGCCAUCCACACGCAAAUGUGACAGAGCAAUUUUACCAGGAUGAGAGCACUAGCAGGCCCUUUCCCUCAGUUUGUGAUGUUGGAUCCUUCAGAUCAACUUCCUGAUCUUUUGUAGACCUCCUCCUCGCGCAAGGUUAAAUAGUCCCGUUCUGCCCCCUCGAAAUCGACUUCUUAAUUUCCAACCCAAGCAUUCUCUGCAACUGUCUUAGGCCUCGUCCCCUACUGCGCUCGCUUACUCUUCGACUGCCUCUGCUCUCUACCCGGAUUCUCAUCUUCACUCGACGAAUUCGUCCUUUUCCCUUUUGCUUCUUCGCAAAAAUGACUGCCGUUCGCAGGCGUAGUAAGAAGCACCGUGACACGGCCCUAACGAAAGCGCGCAAAGGUAAGAAAAAGGAGGCAGACCAAUGUGCAAUCGAGUUGCUUGACAUAACCCGUGACUUCAAAAAGGACUGGUCGACGGACACGCGUGGGAGGCCAGUCAAAGCACCUAUCAAAGAUUCUCAUCAUAUAUCAGCGGCGCUGCUGCACGAGCGGGGAGAGAAGCUUUCCGAGGCUGACUCCUGUUCGCGCUGCAGACGUGGUAAAGGCGUGUGGCAGUCGUGCGUGGUGGCGCCCAUUUACAAACAUCAAGCACUUUAUACUUAUGCGUGCUCGAAUUGUAUUCAUUACAAGCGCCCUUCCGAGUGCUCUUUGCGCGUGAACUUUGAGGCAAACGGAGGAAGCGCUUGGGUUGAUGAUCCUGAGAAGACGAAGACGAGGGGAAUCGUUCGGCGCGGCGGGCUGCUUGCCGUCAUCAGGCAGGAAGAACUUGAACGGAUUCAACGAGAAAGGAAACGUCAGGAAGAACUCAAACGGAUUCAACGAGAAAGGAAACGCCAGAAGGAACUCGACCGGAUUCAACGAGAACGGGAACGUCAGCGUGAACGCGAAGCCGAGUCGGAAGCCCUGUCUCGUAAAGGACGACGAACCAAAGUAUCUGUCGUGGUCCAGUCAUCUCCUCGUGCCACCAAGCAGUCCUCUUGUGUGAAGAUAGAAGACCGAACGCUGCGGGGGUCCACCGAGCCUCUCAAGGAAAGGGACCUCUUGCGCGUGGGAGAGUCGCUUAUCAAGACUGAGGACUUGCUUUUCGGGCUCCGUGCCCGCAAAGAGGUAUUGGAGCGGCGCCUCAGACGCCAGGAUAACUUGCGAGUAAAGGAUGAAGACGACUCAUCGGUGUUGUCGGAUCCACCGAGCGAUUCGGACACCUCGGUCUCUUCGGGCUCCUUCAACUCUUCGCAUCAUUCGGAGAGUUCAGAGACUUCUGUUACGUCAUAUAUGACGGACACUUCGUCGACUUACGAGUCCUCGGGGGACGAGGGCUCUGAUUCGGACGUGUAG